AUGUCUUCUAGACUCACCAGUGCUCUAGUAACUUUCAUGGAUUUAAUGAACCGAGUCUUCAAGGACUUUCUUAACAAAUUUGUGGUAGUGUUUAUUGGUGACAUUUCAAUCUACUCCAAAUAUGAGGAGGAACAUGAAGAGCACUUGAGAUUGACACUAAAGAGGCUUCAAGAGCACAAGUUGUACGCAAAGUUUAAGAAGUGUGAAUUUUUGUUAGAGAAGGUGGCAUUUUUGGGCCACACAGUGUCUAAGGAGGGAUUAGUUGUAGACCCAGCGAAGAUCGAGGCUAUUCGGGAUCGGCCUCAACCUAAGAAUGUAGUAGAGGUUAGAAGUUUCUUGGGAUUGGUAGGGUAUUAUAGAAAAUUUGUUGAAGGAUUUUUUAAGAUUGCUGCACCCCUCACCAAUUUGACAAGAAAGAAUUAG